AUGUCUCUGGCGGCCACACCUGCAAAGCACAAAGUGCUCUGCAUCGUCAGCCUGCAUGUCUUGGUGCUCGCCCUCGUACGAGGGGAUGGCCCUGUGAGCUGCGCGGGCGGCUGGGCGUUGAUAGGAGACAGGUGCUUCCACUACAGUGCUGAGGAACGAAAUUACGACGAUUCUGUCGCGUACUGCCAUUCACUCGGGUCCGUGAUUGCCAGCAUCCACAGCGAAACGGAGAAUGAGGCAGUGACCGGCUUGAUUCCUACUGGAGACGGCAGAUCUGCCUACAUCGGGGCAGAAAGCAAUGGCGCGCGUGUGUGGAGCUGGUAUGAUGGCACCGAAUGGUGGCAGCCUGCAGUACAUGGUGGUCUCGACGGAGUGAGCGAGACUCGCGUGGUCAUCAAUGACAAAGCGCGUGACGAUCGGAAGUGGCAUGACUGGCUAACCGGUGAUGUCCCGCACGGAGUGCUUUGUGCUGCCUCCUUUCGAAGCAUUGUAACAGCGAUUCCGCCCACAGCAUGCUCUCCAUUUUGUUGGAGCGGAUGGUCUUUGAUAGAGGAGAGGUGCUUCCUCUACAGUGAUCAAGAACGCAGCUACAACGAUUCCGUCACGUAUUGCAGGUUACUCGGAUCCGUGAUUGCCAGCAUCCACAGUGAAACUGAGAAUGCCGCAGUGACCGCCAUGAUUCCAGUUGGAGUCGGCAAAUCUGCCUACAUUGGGGCAGAAAGCAAUGGCGAGGGAGUGUGGAGCUGGCAUGAUGGCACCGAAUGGUGGCAGCCUUUGGUACAUGCUGGUCUCGACGGAUGGAGAGAGACUCGCGUGGUCAUCAAUGACAAAGCGCGUGACGAUCAGAAGUGGCAUGACUGGCUAACCGGUGAAGACAUGCACGGAGUGCUUUGUGCUGCUUCACUGCAGACAGUUGUUUACUCACCGUCGCUCUGCCCAGCUGAAUCGACUCCCGCUCCAGAUAGCAGCAGCGCUGUAGCAGCAGCACUGGGGCCGGCAGCACUGGGGCCGGCAACAGCUGCGGCGAUCCUUUCGCUGCAGCUGGCCCUCUGA